AUGACGUUGAAGAUGAAGUUGAAGGCACAUCUCAGUUCAAUAAUACAUUCAAUUGAUACAAACCACAGCAUUUUUGAAAAUCCAAAUAAUGAGCAGGAACAAAACAUUGAUAAAGAAUUAGAUGGCAGUUUAAUUGGAGAAGCAAGGAAAACAACCGAUGAGAUUUAUGAUCUAUAUUGCAAACAUGCUGCUAUUAUUGAUUUUAGUGUACGAAAAGGGAAGAAUAGAUAUAAACAAGGAACCACAAUUGUUAAUGGAAAAUACUUCUACUGCUCUGCUGCUGGAAUAAGAGACCCUCCUAAAAACAAAGAACUCAAAAAUGAAGAUGAUCAAUCAGAUGCAAAGAAGAAAGAAAGGAGAAAGAGAGUUAUGAUAACAAGAACAAAAUGUGAAGCUCAAAUAUUUGCAAAGAUGAACCAAAAUGGAGAUUUUGAAAUAGAAAAGCAUGUAGUGGUAUAUAAUCACCCUUUGACAAGAGAAAUAAGUAAUUAUCUCCACCGAUCGGAACGACAAAUGACAGAGCCCAAAAAAGAAGCUAUUGAGGCAAUGUCAGAAUGUGGUCUAAGACCAAUGGAGUCUUAUAGAUAUAUGUCAACAGAAACUGGUGGAGACGACUGUGUAGGUCAUACGAUGAUUAAUCAUCUAAACUACUGCUACAAGUUAAAAAUGAAGCAAAUUGAUGGAAAGAAUUCACAAACACUAGUGAACAAACUAACAAAUAAGUACAAUCUCAUAUGUGCUCCAUUUGUUGGUAUCAAUAACCAUUGGAAAAACACAAUGUUUGCUUGUGCUUUCAUUGGGGAUGAAAUCACAAAAUCUUUUGUUUGGGUGUUUGAAACUUUUCUGAAUGCUAUGGGAGGAGAGUACCCUAUAUCAAUUUUCACUGAUCAAGAUGCAGCUAUUGCUGCUGGAAUAGAACAGGUUUUUCCUUCUUCAAGACACAGGUUAUGCUUGUGGCACUUGAGUAAAAAUGCAAACAGUAGGUUUGGUUUAUUGAAGUCUGAUAAAAACUUCAAAAAUGCAUUCUACAAGUGUUUAAGUGGGUGUAUAACACCAAAUGAUUUUGAAGAAACUUGGAAAUCUAUGAUCAACACUUUUAAGCUGGAAAAGGAUGACUGGUUCAACAAAUUGUAUGGUCUUAAAGAAAAAUGGUGUACAACUUUAAGUAAAGAUUUUUUUUCUGCCGGUAUACUUUCUUCACAAAGAAGUGAAAGUACAAACCAUGCUGCAGCAAAUAUAUACACGAUAACACUUUUCCGUGAUUUUGAAGAAGAGAUCAAGCUUUCUGUGGCAAGUAGUGCAAAGUUCAAGGGAAAUGUUGGAAGAACAGUAUUUUUUGAGGUGUGGAUAGAAGGAAUAACAGGAUCAAGGCAAGAAGUUCAAUUCAAAAUGGAAGAUUCAACCGUCACUUGCACAUGCAAAAACUUUGAAGAAUCUGGAUGGUUGUGCUUCCAUUGUUUGAGAAUAUUGCAUUUAUAUUCAAUCAAUACAAUUCCAGAUCGUUACAUAACAACAAGAUGGACUAGAUAUGCAAAGAAACAGAUAUGGGAAAGGGUUGAUACGAUAAAAAGGGAGAAAGGGAAAAUCAACAAUUUUACUGGUUGGAGAUUACAUAUGAUCAGAAGGUAA